GCGGGGAAGGGUCAGGAGCUUCUGGCCUUUGGGCUCAGGCCCAGGCCUUGGGCGCUGGCGACAGUCGCGCUUGGUUCUGCGGCUACAGAGGAGUAUCAGCUCCCGCCCCGCGCGCUCCGGCCAUGGAUGCCUCAGGCUCCUGGGCUCUGGCCCUCCUCAGUUUCUCCGCGUCCGGGGUCGCCCGGCAGCCGCGGUCCACCUGGGUUGGCAUCGCCGCCUUGGGACUUGUUGCGGUGGCGCUGGGGACUGUGGCCUGGCGUCACUCUCAUCUCCGACGGCGCCGGCGGCUGCAGCAGGUAGGGACCGUGGCACAGCUCUGGAUCUACCCGAUCAAGUCCUGCAAGGGUGUGUCAGUGAGCGAGGCGGAGUGCACGGACAUGGGGCUGCGCUGCGGCCACCUGCGCGACAGGUUUUGGCUUGUAAUCAAUGAAGAGGGGAACAUGGUCACUGCCCGGCAGGAACCUCGCUUGGUCCUCAUCUCCCUGACCUGUGAUAACGACACCCUGACUCUCAGUGCAGCCUACACAAAGGACCUGCUGCUGCCCAUCACCCCACCUACCACAAACCCAGUACUCCAGUGCAGAGUGCAUGGUAUGGAGGUGCAGGGCAGGGACUGCGGAGAGGCAGCGGCCAAGUGGAUCACCAGUUUCCUGAAGACGCAGCCCUGCCGCCUGGUGCACUUUGAGCCCCAUAUGCACCCCAGAAGUUCUCAGCAAAUGAGGCCUGUGUUCCGGCCCACAGACCAGGUGGCCUACUCAGAUGCAAGCCCGUUCCUGGUCCUUUCUGAGGCAUCGUUGGAAGAUCUCAACUCCAGGAUGGAGAAGAGAGUGAGAGCAUCAAACUUCAGGCCCAACAUAGUCAUUUCCGGGUGUGGUGUUUAUGCAGAGGAUUCUUGGAAUGAGCUUCUCAUCGGGGAUGUGGAACUGAAGAGAGUGAUGGCUUGCACCCGGUAAGAGCCUUUCCUAGCCCUGUGAGGGGGAGGGGCAAGGCCUCUCUGCUUUGUCCUUGUGUGAUGCUCUCUAUGUGUGUCCAGGUGCCUUUUAACCACGGUGGAUCCGGACACGGGCAUCAUGGACAGGAAGGAACCUCUGGAAACACUGAAGAGUUACCGCCUGUGUGACCCUUCGGAGCAAACAUUAUAUGGGAAGUUACCACUCUUUGGACAGUAUUUUUCUCUGGAAAACCCAGGGACAGUCAAAGUGGGAGACCCUGUGUACCUUCUGAGCCAGUGAUGGGAGCUGCACGUUCCAGAAUAGCAGAUGUCUCUUAAAAAUGUAUUUUUAAUACUGACAUCACAUGAAAUGGUUCUUCAGCCUUUUCUUUGGAUCUGCAGUUUCCAAGUUCUUCUUCUAUCAGAUUUCCUUCUGUUUCAACAUUUCCUGGACCCAGCACACAAAGCAGAGAAAUACAGCCUUGCAAGUUUAGCAGGUCCCCAUUAAGUUUCUUGAAGAAUGGAGGGCUUAUCAAAAUGCCCUGUUUAUAAUUAUGGAGUAAUUCUUCUACUUCUGCAUUCAUUUGCCAAGACAGCAGAUGUCCAUCAUCUCCUUUUGGGAGAGAGAGAGAGAGAGAGAGAGAGAGAGAGAGAGAGAGAGAGAGAGAGAGAGAGAGAG